GUCAUUACGUUUCAGCGUCUGCUGUUGGGUUGUUGUACUCUUCCGUCUUUAUCGCACCUGAAAGGUGUUCUGUUGUGAUAAGUGGGUUUAGGUUUCCUAAAUAAUUAAGUGAGUUUUCGGGAAUCUUUGGGAAGAAUCUAUAAUAUUUUGAAGGGAUAUAAAAGCUUCGUCGUAUUCCAGCCCUGCUCCACUAAGAAUAAAGUGCGAUGUCAGCUAAAGCAAUCAGAGAAGCAACAGGGAAGGACAUCAUCAACAGGAACCUCGGUAGUGCUACGACCGCAGCAAAAUGCAGAUUUGCAAGUGUAACCGAAAGCACAGACUUCAAUCAACUUGCCAUUGAAAACCCUUGGCUCAAAACUGAGAAAUUGGUGGUGAAGCCUGACCAGCUGAUCAAGCGGAGAGGCAAGCUUGGACUGAUCAAGGUCAAUGCGGACUACGCUGACGUCCAGAAAUGGAUCAGUCAACGCAUGAACAAGGAUCAGCAGGUUGGCCGCGCCACUGGAAAACUCAGAAACUUCAUCAUUGAACCUUUUCUACCGCACACAGAGGAUGAGGAGGUGUAUGUGUGCAUCUACUCACACAGAUACGCAGACACAAUCCUGUUCUACCACCAGGGAGGUGUAGAUAUUGGUGACGUGGAUGCCAAGGCACUCAGAGUGGAUGUGCCCAUUGACAGCAGCAUCUCUGCCGCACAGAUAGAGUCCUCACUGCUCAAGCAGCUCAAGCCUGACAAGAAGAAGAUGGUGGCCACUUUCAUAGAGAAGUUGUACUCAAUGUACCAGAGCCUGUACUUUACAUACCUGGAGAUCAACCCCCUGGUUGUGAAGUCUGACGCUAUCUACAUCCUGGAUCUGGCCGCCAAGCUGGACGCUACAGCAGACUUUGUGUGUCGAGGAGUGUGGGGAGAGGUGGACUACCCGCCUCCCUUUGGCCGCGACGCCCUUCCAGAGGAGGCUUACAUUGCGGAUCUUGAUGCCAAAAGUGGUGCCAGUCUAAAGCUGACAAUCCUGAACAAGGAAGGCCGUAUCUGGACGAUGGUGGCAGGAGGUGGUGCGUCUGUCAUCUACAGUGACACAAUUUGUGAUCUGGGCGGUGCUGCUGAGCUGGCUAAUUACGGAGAGUACAGCGGUGCUCCAUCAGAACAGCAGACCUAUGAGUACGCCAAGACCAUCCUCUCACUCAUGACACAGAAGAAACACCCCCAGGGCAAGGUACUGAUCACUGGCGGAGGUAUUGCCAACUUUACCAACGUGGCGGCCACAUUCAAGGGCAUUGUGACUGCUCUCACCGAGUUCCAGAGCAAGAUCUUGGAGCAUAACAUAAGCAUUUACGUGAGGAGAGCAGGCCCCAACUAUCAGGAAGGACUAAGAAUCAUCAGAGAUGUCGGAAAGUCACUGAGGAUACCGAUCUAUGUAUUUGGACCUGAGACGCACAUGACAGCCAUUGUAGGCAUGGCUUUGGGCAAGAAACCUAUUCCUACAGAGACUGGCAUGGAUUUUGCCACUGCCAAUUUCCUGUUGCCCGGUGGACAGGAUAAGGCUCAGGCCAAGCCCCCUGUGGAUAGUCCCAGCUCUGCCAGUUUAGGUUCCCCCACCAAGUCUGCCAGUGCGGGAGAUUCACAGUCAAUGUUUACCAACAAGAGUAAGGCCAUCGUGUGGGGCAUGCAGACUAGAGCUGUACAGAGCAUGUUGGACUUUGACUUUGUGUGCCGGAGGUCGGAACCCAGUGUCGCCUGUCUAGUCUAUCCCUUCACUGGUGACCACAAGCUCAAAUUCUACUGGGGUCACAAGGAAGUCCUCAUUCCAGUAUACAAGAAGAUGAGUGAUGCAAUGAACAAGCACAAGGAUGCAGAUGUUAUGGUCAAUUUCGCCUCUCUCAGGUCUGCGUACGAGAGUACCUUGGAGACUCUAGAGUUCCCUCAGAUUCGCACAAUAGCCAUCAUCGCUGAGGGUAUUCCCGAGAACAUGACACGGAAACUGAUCAAGUUGUCCAAGGAGAAGGGAGUGUCUAUCAUAGGCCCUGCCACGGUCGGAGGCAUCAAGCCCGGCUGUCUCAAGAUUGGAAACACUGGUGGCAUGAUGGACAAUAUUCUCCAUUCCAAGCUGUACAGACCAGGCAGUGUGGCGUAUGUGUCACGGUCAGGUGGCAUGUCCAAUGAGCUGAACAACAUCAUCUCCAAGGCCACCAAUGGUGUGUAUGAGGGUGUGGCUAUCGGUGGAGACCGUUAUCCAGGGACUGUGUUCAUGGACCACAUCCUGCGCUAUCAGGCUGACCCCGAGGUAAAGAUGAUCGUACUGCUGGGAGAAGUUGGAGGCGUUGAGGAGUACGACGUCUGUGAGGCCAUCAAGACUAAGAAGAUCACCAAACCUCUUGUCGCCUGGUGUAUUGGAACUUGUGCAGGCAUGUUCACGUCAGAGGUACAGUUUGGGCAUGCAGGCUCCUGCGCUAACUCGGACCGAGAGACUGCCACAGCCAAGAACGCAGCUCUGCAGGCAGCUGGCGCGCAAGUGCCCGAGUCCUUUGAUGACUUGGGUGAAACCAUUCACCAAGUCUACUUGGGCCUGGUGAAGUCGGGAGCAGUUGUACCCAAGCCUGAAGUCCCACCACCCACUGUACCCAUGGACUACUCGUGGGCCAGGGAAUUAGGACUCAUCAGAAAGCCGGCCUCAUUCAUGACCAGUAUAUGUGAUGAGAGAGGACAGGAGCUACUCUACGCCGGAAUACCCAUUACAGAUGUGUUGAAGCAGAACAUGGGUAUUGGCGGAGUGAUCUCUUUACUUUGGUUCCAACGGGCUCUCCCACCGUACGUAUGCCAGUUCUGGGAGAUGUGUCUGAUGGUGACAGCGGACCACGGCCCCGCUGUGUCGGGGGCCCACAACACUAUCGUCUGUGCUCGAGCAGGCAAGGACCUAGUCUCUUCACUUGUCUCUGGACUGCUCACAAUCGGUGACAGGUUCGGAGGGGCUCUGGACGAGUCAGCCAAACAGUUCUCUGGAGCAUAUGACUCUGGCCUCAUUCCAAUGGAAUUUGUCAACAGCAUGAGAAAGAAGGGCCAGCUUAUAAUGGGCAUCGGGCACAGAGUGAAAUCGAUAAACAACCCAGACAUGCGAGUGAAGAUCAUCAAGGAUUUUGUACUGGAGAACUUCCCGUCUACUCCUCUGCUCAACUACGCACUGGAGGUGGAGAAGAUUACGACCAGCAAGAAACCCAACCUGAUCCUGAAUGUAGACGGUGUGAUCGCCGUGAGCUUCUGCGAUCUGCUGCGGAACAGUGGCAGCUUCACACGUGAGGAGGCGGCAGAAUACAUCGAGAUGGGCUCCAUCAACAGUCUCUUCGUGCUUGGCAGGAGCAUUGGCUUCAUUGGACACUACAUGGACCAGAAGAGGUUGAAGCAAGGACUUUACCGCCACCCAUGGGACGACAUCUCAUACGUCCUCCCUGAGCAGUAUAACUAGACGCCAGCGCAGCGCACACUGUACGCGUGUACAUACCGUACCUCACUCGCUAGCAUCAUCGGUCUCUCGGGCCACAUUCCGACUCCAUAGUAUCUGAGAAUCGUUGUUGUUAUUAAUGUUAAAGAAUAAUGUAAUGUUGAAACUGUAAAUUGUAUUUUAAUGGAGAUAGUGACGAGGCAGUCGAGUACAAAGGCCAAAACUUUUUACAAUUUAUAAUUUUUAUAUACUCGUCUAAUUUAAAUGUUCCUCUUUCCUUUUAUAUUGGACACGGUUUGUGGAAUUGAUUUUAUGUAAAAAUAAGGCUUUAACAUUAAUAAAAACCUAUUUAUACUUGUGAAUAUUUUACGAUAUAUUUUUAUUAUUUGUGAUUUUUGUAACGGUUUUUGUUGACAUAAUAAAGUGAAUGCCAAUAAGUUUAUGUAAUGUGUUGUUUCAAUGUGUUUAUCUGUGGAAAUGUAUGGCCUUUAGAAACAUAUCAGAAUAAACGUGUCUUUGUGUAGUUUUA